AUGGACAAAGUUCAAUUGUUGCAUUUCUUAGUAUCUAUUUUAAACAUAAUAUCCAUUCAUUCUUGUAAUGUUCCAGACUUUGCUGUAAUCCAAGGAGCCUUCCUUUCGGCCAAUAGGAUCACUCCACUAUCCUCUCUACAGAAAGCUGAUUGGGACAAAGUUUGUGAUCCAAUUUUGGAAGCUAUUAGAGAAGUAAACCAACACAAAAAUGAUACAGAAGAUGUAAAGAAGACAUUGAUUUGCGCUGUGUGGCUAAAACUGCUCAGCACUGAAGAGGAAGAGAGCAUUGAAGUUACAUGGAAAGAAAGUCCACUUUUCGCUUCACAUAAUGGCCUGCCUGAGUUGAACCGGGUUGUUUUUUUGGAGCUAGUCAGGUCAACAAAAUCUUUAAAUAUCUACACACGUCUACUGUUGUGUCUCCCUCCAUUGCAGUUAUGCUCUGAAAUUGAAAAACUUGUCAGCCACAUUAGUAGUAGCCAUGUACGAGACAAAGAUAUACAUUUUUUCUUUGAUGUUUGGUGGGAGUUGUGGAGUUGCAAAGAUGUCCAUAAAGAUAACACAGAGGAGAUGUUUACACAGGAAGUUGCACGCAUGUCAUCAAACACAUUAAAACAGCCAGCUAAAAGAUUAAAACUAGACUCCCCUGACUUGUGCACAUCAGGUCCUGACCUUGUAAACAUACUCUUUUGCACAUUUAGAAACUUAAGUGACCAAAUAACCCAACCUGAACUUAUUUUUAAAGCUCUCUCUGUUUCCAUAAAUGUGUUUUUUACAGCCUUUCUUUGUGAUGUUGGACCAGUAAUUUCAACUAAAGAAAAGCUAGAAAUCUUGACAGAAAUGGCAACCAUCAAAGAAAAGAAUAAUAAAAAACUAGGGCCAAAAAUGAUUGCAGACUCAUUAAAAGAUUUGAACACAAUCCAAGGGCUAUGCAGGUUCAAGCCUCUGCUUUUGAAAUUUGAAGAUGCCUUACAAGUGAUAGUAGAUGUUGCCUAUAAUUGGAACUGCAAUGGUCUUCUGCAAGUGGAGGACAAAUCCAGUAUAAGUUACUGUGUGUUUAAAUCGAAACUCGGUCUUCAGAAUGUUUUUGCAGCAUUUGAGAAGACAAAAAGAUGUAAAGAUACAGUUCUUUGUUCGAUUUUUGAACAGAAGAACUGGAUGACCCACAAAAAUGUUGAGGUCCCUGAUGAUUUUUGUGCAGAAAUCACAAAAACUAUAAUAUCACAUAAAAUGGAUGACUACCGAAACUUUGCCUUGCUUUUUGCUAGUGAGACGAGCUGGACAACUUGUAAUGAAACCUACAUUGACUUCCUGGAAAAGAACCAGUUGGCUUUCAGAGAACAAACCGCUCUCAUCAAACUAACCAAAAGCAUUGUGGGUAAAUUCAGCUCUGGUUCUGUUGAUGUGAGCAACUAUAGGAAGCUUAUGAAGGUAACAGCAGACAUCUUCUCUGCUCUAUCUCUUGAUCAUAAAAACAAAGUACUGGCUGAAGUUAUGGGAAUAUCUAAAAGAGGAUUUUUUGGUAGCAGCAUGCCUUUAACUGUAACCACAAGCUUUGAACAAGAGCUUAACAUGGCAUUUAACUGCAUCAUCCAAGGAGGGGGCGGGCCUUCAGCAUCUUCUAACCUGAAUACAGCCGUUUCAUUGGUCGCCCGAGUUGCCUUUCAAAACCCAGAGGCAGCAGUAAGAGCGAUGUGUAAUUCAGCUAUUUUCAACAAAGGUGCUUUCACCAUAAUGGCAAAAAUGCUACAGCAGCUGCCUGGUCUGUCUGGGAGGACAUCUGAAUCAAACCAGGAUGGAGAAGGAAAUGAUCUUCUAUGUAGUUGUGUUAAGGACAUUAUUAAAACAAAGCAAAUGUCCCAGGAUGAGAAGGAGCAGUUGAUCAAGUUUCUGUCAUUGCUGAUGAAGCCUGUAAUGAUGGCUGAAGGAGAGAGAGGAGGAGAGGGCUUCCUACUGCCUCACAAGGUGGUCUGUACGUUCGUCCUGCCAAAUCUGGCUGUAUGUUCUGUGGACCUUGAACUGAGCCUGCAGCUGCUCCACAGCGCACUUUCUCUGGACCAUCAGGAUGGUGCUCCUCACUGGGUGAUGCUCUGUUCCCCUUUUCCUUUGCUGUAUGUGCUGGCCCAGCUUCACAAUCACAGUCUUAGGAGAUGGGAGCAGCCCACACAGCGGAGCAGAGUCCCAGUGUGGUCCAUGGAGACUCAGGAGUUACUGGUGACUGUCCUCUCUGCCCUGGGGCAAGUUGUGGGGGCAGAGGUGGCAGAAGACCCUGACACCUGGUCCAGAGCUCUCUUUUGGCUCUACAAUAAAACGGAAGAGCUGGACUGGACGGUGCGAUUCCUCCUGAAGCCUGUGUGGGGCGAUCACUUCAAAAACGAAGUCCCUGCGUCUCUGUUCGCCGUCUGUGAGCUCCCAGAGCAGGAGUGGUCUGGACUGGACUCGCCCCAGUAUGGUCCUGGCACUGGUCUUCUGGCUUGGACUGAGUGCUGCUGUAUCUCAGAGUCUCUUCAGUCUACUAUGCUGUCUCAUCUGAGUUUGGACCAGAGCAACCCAGAUCACCUCAGCAUGUUCAGCAAAGGCCUGAUGGUGGCGCUAACACAAACCCUUCCCUGCUGCUCCCAGCCCCAAUGGUCUCUGCUCUUAAGGGCUCUUCGUGCUCUAAUCGACUCUGGACGCCUCCAUGUGCCCUUCUCCCUGGAAUACUGCGAUUACCUGCCUCUUUUGGAUCUGAGAAGUUUUGCAUGUGACCUGCGCCUCUCUGUACUACUCCUAAGGGUCUUCCAGUUGCUCUGUGGAUCCAGCUGUUCCGAUUGGCUGUCUCGGGACGGCUGGGAUCAUGUGGGGGCGCUAUAUGCACACUCUGUGAGGGAAAUGAUAGGCUCACUUAAAACUAAACUGCCCCUGUCACAAACGGCUACAGGCUCUACUCCUUUAGUUAAAGACUCUGAGAAUGACCAGUGCAAAACGGAGGAAAGGGAGAGCAUCCCGAGUCAGGAGGUGCUGUUUGUGCUCAGCCAGAUCUACUGUCAUGUGCAGCAUGUGCAGGUGAUGUUACCAGGGGGCCAGUGUGAGCAGUUGUUCCUGUCCAGUCUGGAGCUCCUAAGUCACUAUGCAGCCGUGAUGGGGGCAUUUCCAUGGAGCUGUAGUGCUUUGGAGUCCGACAACACACGGCACUUUUUCACCACGAUCACAGAAAACCUCCAGAACGAGGAGAUGAAGUCUGUACUCCAGCUGAAGAUUUCACAACUCGUCUCGGCAGCUUAAAAUGUGAAUUUAAACUUGCUUGAUUUAUUGUUGCAUUCAGUAUUUUGUCAGGUUGCAGUCUGUAUGUGUAAUAAUAAAAUAACUUGUGCAACUGCUGAA